AUGAUUGGGGUGGGUUGGGGGUUGGUGGUGUUUUGGUUGGUUGGGUGGGUGUUGGGGGUGGGUAGGUGGAGUUGUUUGUUGUGUGUUUUUGUGUUUUGGUAUGUGUGGGUGUGUUUUUUGUGGUGUGUUUGUUGUGUUUUUGUUGGUAUUGUGGGUGUUUUUUUUUGUGGUGUUUGGGGUUGUUUUUUUUUUUUGUGGGUUUGUUUUGUGUGGGGUUGUUGUUGUGUUUGUGGUUGUUUUUGUUGGUGGUGUUUUGUGUGGUUGGUAUUGGGUUGGUUUUUUUUUUUUUUUUGUGGGGGUGUUUUGGUGUUUGUGGGGGUGGUUUGGGUUUGUGUGGUGUUGGGUUGA